AUGCGUUUCGUACGUGAUGGUGAAUUCUGUGAACAUCAUCGAAAUCCAUGGAAGGAAUAUCAAUACUUUCUUUGGGUGAAAAAUGAAACACUGCCUCUUCCAUAUAGACGCGUCCAAACAAAUGGUACUAUUAUAGUUAUUAUAUUAUUAUUGGUUUUAUUGGUCUGCAUCUGUGCACUACUUGUCUGGCAACAUCGGCGAUUACGACGUAUUGAACGGUAUUUAACAUCUACUGGCCAGCAAUUAUCCAGAAGCGAACUAUGA